GUUGGCACAAUGCACGGUGUCAGCACUAUCCAAUCGGUGCUAUCGGUGGUAUCGGUGGUUUUAAAAGAUUGUAAAUUUAUUAAUCGGAUUUUGUUUAAUAUUUACCUAUUUAUUUCUCUUCUGUAUCGACUCUUAAUACUGUUACAAGAAAGGAUAAUGGCCGGCAUAAAUGAGCUGCAGCAAGUCCUCGGCCUCGGCAACGGGUUCAACAGCAUGGACGCCACCAAGUCCACGAUCUUGGAUGUGCUGACGCGCACCGAACGCUUACAGGUAAACAUUCGGCGACACAUCGACGACAACUACACGGAGUUUAUGCCCAACCACACGACGCCGGGCAUCUUUCUGGAUCAGAUUGGUUCGCUGAAGCGCGAGAUUGGCGAUCUGCUGGGAAAGGGCGCCAGCGAGGGCCUGGAAGCCCUGGAAGAGGCGAACGCCAAGAUGGCGGCAAGCAGACGCGAGCUGCGAGAGGUCCUACUGGGCCUGGAGGUCAGCGACCACAUCCUCAAGGUGGACGAGGUCUUCCACUCGAUGGAGGAUGCCAAGAGCUGCAACGAUUACAUGCUUCUCCAGGAUCUGCUCAGUCGCCUGCGGGGGCUCAUUUACGGCGAUGAGCUUGCUGCUGCUGCUGCAGCAACAUCCUCUCCCGAGGUUCGACGGAUCUUUCAGGAGCUCGAAUGCACCGAAACCAUGAAGGUCAAGUAUCUGGUGCAAGCCCAUUUGCUGCAGCAGAAUCUGCAGGAGCGCUUCGACCGGCUGGUCCAUCUGCAGUGCAAAUCCUUUCCUACCUCGCGCUGUGUCACCCUGCAGGUCAGUCGCGACGAGUCCCAGCUCCAGGACAUUGUCCAGGCGCUCUUUCAAAAGCGCUACAGCCCCAGUCGCCUUUGCGAUUUCCUGCUGGAGAAGUGUAUAGAGCCUCUGAUCCUCCGACCCGUAAUGGUUGAGUAUAGCGAGGCAACCGAAUCCACCGAGGGUCCUGGCCAUGACCAGUUGUCCCUGUCCUACUCCACCAAGGAGCCCAGCGCAACGCAGCUGCGUCCGAACUACAAGGAUGUGCUGUCGCACUUUCGGCUGCUGUUCCAAACGCUGGGCGGCAUCAAUGUCAGUGUUUCCAGUGACCAGCAUGUGUUCGGUAUCAUUGGAGAGCACGUGAAGGACAGGAUGUUGAAGCUGCUGGUGGACGAGUGCUUAAAGCCGGCCGUGCCCGAGACCGUGGAAGAGUACCAGUCAUCCACGCUGUGCGAGGAUGUGACGAACUUUGAGCAUUUCCUGGCCGACGUCAACGUGAUCAAUCCCAGUCAGGAUGGUGCCCUGGCUGUGUUUGUGGAGCAGUAUCCGACCCACUAUCGCAAUCGUUUGUUUCGUCGCGUUCUGGAGACCGCGCGCGAGAUUAUUCAGCGCGAUCUGCAGGAUAUGAUGCUGGUGGCCCCCAACAAUGGUCCCACCGAAGUGGCCGCCAAUCCCCUGCUCUUUCACCGCUGCACGAUCUCCAAGAGUGCCCAUGAUUACGUCAAGCUGAUGGAGCGCAUUUUGCGUCAGCACUCUAGUGCCGAGUCCGAGGUCGCCGAUCCCCUGUGCGACAUCAACGCCAGCCUGCUCCAGAUAUACAUAGACCAGGUGCCGCUGGUGCAUCGCAAGCUGCUGGAAAGCAUUCCCCAACAAUCGGCGCUGUUUCACAACAACUGCAUGUUUCUCACCCACUGGGUGGCCCAGCAGGCCAGCAGGGAUUUCAAGAGCCUGCCGGCGCUGACCAAGUCACUGCAGGCCACCGGUGAGCGUUACCUGCGGGUCCAGAUUAAUUAUCAAAUCUCCAUUUUAAAAGAGAUUAUGGAGGGCUUUGAGUUCGAAAACCAGCACACACUGGGCACGGGUCCCUUGAAAAUGGUGCGUCAGUGCCUGCGGCAGUUGGAUCUGCUCAAGAACGUGUGGGCUAAUGUCUUGGCGGAGACGGUAUACAAUACCACCUUUUGCGAGCUAAUCAACGCCUUGGCCGAGGAGCUCAUACGACGGGUGUUCACGCUGCGCGACAUAUCCGCCACCAUGGCCACCGAGCUAAGCGAUCUUAUUGAUGUGGUCCUGGAGCGGGGACCAACUCUCUUUCACGAGCCACAUCAAGUCCUGCAGGUGCGUCUGUGGAUGAAGCUGCAGCAGCUAAAGACCAUCAUGAACGCCUCGCUCAAGGAGAUCACCGAGCUGUGGUGCAAUGGCGCCGGACCGCUGACCGCCAAUUACAAGUCGGACGAGAUUCGUCAUCUCAUACGGGCGCUGUUCCAGGACACGAAUCGCAGGGCUCAGGCCAUGGCCAAGAUUUCCUAGCUAGGAAUAAGGAUGUAAAAGAUCAAAAAUCUGCUUUGUAAAUAUUAUUACUACUUUUAUUAGUCGAGAAAUAUAUGGAUAUACACAAGUUUACCGCAAA